GGAGGAGGCGGCGUGUGCGUAUGUGUGUGUUUUAUGGUGUGGCUAGUCGAGGGGCGAGCGGAGGCUUGAAAGAGGACGAAGGAGAAGCGAAAAGAGUCAGAGUCUCCCUCUGCUAGAGCCUCUAAUCUGGUUACUAUGGAAACAUGACCACAUAAAAAGGAAGUCAAUUCUGAUCAUUCGGAUACCUGAGAUGUAACUGGACUGAAGGGUAGAACAGGAAAAAUUUUAGUGCCAACCUUAAUUACAAUGGCUACUGAUUCAGGGGAGCCAGCUAGCACAGAAGAUUCUGAGAAACCUGAUGGAGUUUCAUUGGAAAACAGGGUUCAUCAGAUGGCAGCAACUUUGACAGUGGAAGCUAGAAUAAAGGAAAAAGACAAUACCUUCUCUGCUUCUGGAGAAACUAUAGAAAGGAAGAGAUUCUUCCGAAAGAGUGUUGAUGACAAAGUUAUUGAUUCUUCCUCUAAAGAUGAGAGAACAAAGACUGCAACAAAUAUUCCAAGAGUAGAAAAGCGUCCUACAAAUGUGCUAAAAGGUGAACAAGAAGUUAAAUUCGCACAAUGUUCAAAGGCAACUUCCGAAUCCUCAAAAGAUUGUCUCAAGGAAAAAAAUGAAAAGGAAAUGGAAGAAGAAGCAGAAAUGAAGGCUGUAGCUACUUCUCCUAGUGGCAGGUUCCUGAAAUUCGAUAUAGAGCUGGGAAGAGGAGCAUUUAAAACAGUAUAUAAAGGACUGGACACCGAAACAUGGGUUGAGGUUGCUUGGUGUGAGCUGCAGGACCGGAAAUUAACCAAAGCUGAGCAGCAAAGGUUUAAGGAAGAAGCAGAGAUGUUAAAGGGUCUCCAGCAUCCCAAUAUAGUUCGAUUUUAUGAUUCCUGGGAGUCUAUAUUAAAAGGAAAGAAAUGUAUUGUGUUAGUGACUGAACUUAUGACAUCAGGAACAUUAAAGACGUACUUAAAACGAUUUAAAGUCAUGAAACCAAAGGUCCUAAGGAGCUGGUGCAGGCAAAUUUUAAAGGGGUUGCAGUUCUUGCACACUAGGACUCCUCCUAUUAUUCACCGCGAUCUGAAGUGUGACAAUAUUUUCAUCACGGGACCUACUGGAUCUGUGAAGAUUGGUGAUCUAGGCCUAGCUACCCUAAUGCGCACAUCAUUUGCUAAGAGUGUCAUUGGGACUCCUGAGUUUAUGGCCCCAGAGAUGUAUGAAGAGCACUAUGAUGAAUCUGUAGAUGUCUAUGCUUUUGGAAUGUGUAUGCUGGAAAUGGCUACUUCGGAGUACCCUUAUUCUGAGUGCCAAAAUGCAGCUCAAAUAUACCGUAAAGUAACUAGUGGCAUAAAACCAGCCAGUUUCAAUAAAGUCACUGAUCCUGAAGUGAAAGAAAUCAUCGAAGGUUGUAUUCGUCAAAACAAAUCUGAAAGGUUGUCUAUCAGGAAUCUACUAAACCACGCAUUUUUUGCUGAGGAUACAGGGCUGAGGGUGGAGUUAGCAGAGGAAGAUGAUUGCUCAAAUUCAUCCCUGGCUUUAAGACUCUGGGUUGAAGACCCUAAAAAAUUGAAAGGCAAGCACAAAGACAAUGAAGCUAUUGAAUUCAGUUUCAAUUUAGAAAAAGAUACACCUGAGGAAGUAGCAUAUGAAAUGGUUAAGUCAGGAUUCUUCCAUGAAAGUGAUUCCAAAGCUGUUGCUAAGUCCAUUAGAGACCGGGUGACCCUGAUAAAGAAGACAAGAGAGAAGAAGCCUGCUGGUUGUUUAGAAGAACGCAGGGAUUCUCAGUGCAAGUCUGUGGGGAAUGUUCUCCCUCAUCCCCAGAAUACAACUUCGCCCCCUGCUCCUGCUCAGCACACCGUGGCUGAAUGUGAAGAAACUGAAGUUGAUCAACAAGUUCAACAGCAGCUUCUACAAAGAAAACCACAGCAGCAAUGCUCCUCUAUUACAGGUGACAGUUUGUGUGAGACAGGAGCUGGAUCAGUUAUACACUCAGAUACAAGUCAGCCCAGUACAGCCUAUUCCUCAGACCAGAUGAUGGGCUCGCAAAUGGUUUCAAACACCCCACAGGCCGAAGUAAAUGUUCCAGGGAAAAUGUAUCCACCCCAGCAGCUAGUAGGACAUUACCAGCAGAUUUCAGGGAAGCAGCCAAAGCUGACUCAGCCUCAGAUUUUGCCUUUGGCUCAAGGUCAGUCCACUGUUUUGCCUGUACAUGUCCUUGGACCACCAUUUGUCUCACAACCCCUGGUGUCCCCAUUAACUGUUCAGAAGGUCUCACAGAUAAAGCCUAUAUCCCAACCAGUUGGAGUUGAACAACAAGCAAAUCUUCUGAAACAGGAUUUAGUUCGAAGUUUACAUCAUGAUGUGGCAGCUGUGAAGGAAAACACCAAUAUCCCUGAUAAUCCAAGUGGAAAUGGCAAACAAGAUCGGAUCAAACAGAGAAGAGCUUCCUGUCCUCGACCAGAGAAAGGGACUAAAUUCCAGCUUACUGUCCUUCAGGUGUCAACCUCUGGAGAUAACAUGGUAGAAUGUCAACUGGAGACACACAAUAAUAAGAUGGUCACCUUCAAGUUUGAUGCUGAUGGUGAUGCACCAGAGGAUAUUGCAGACUAUAUGGUUGAAGAUAACUUUGUGCUGGAUAGUGAGAAAGAAAAAUUUGUUGAAGAAUUGAGGGCUAUUGUAGGUCAAGCCCAUGAGAUUCUUCAUGUCAACUCUGCUGCAGAGAGAGCCACUGGAGUUGACUCUAUUGCCGUGGAAUCCAACAGUAGCCAAACAGGAUCAUCUGAACAAGUACAGAUAAAUUCUGCAUCCACUCAAACCAGCAGUGAAUCUGCUCCUCAGUCAUCCCCAGUUGGUCGCUGGCGAUUCUGUAUCAAUCAAACAAUAAGAAACCGUGAGGCUCAAUCUUCUUUUCAGCAGCCCUCCAUGUCUACAGUUCCUGGGCUGUAUCCACUUUCUAGUCCAAGAAAAACAAAUAAUAAGGAAAUAUCACAGGACACACUGCUCACUAUAGAAAAUAACGCAUGCCAGCGUGCACUUUUCACCUCCAAGUCAGAGCAUAAGGAUGUGGUGGAUGGUAAGAUUUCUGAAUGUGCCAGUGUAGAAACUAAGAAGUCAUCUCUACUUUCUCAAGUGGAAGACGACAGGCAUAGAAUGGUGCCAGCUGCUAGUAGUUCCACUUAUACUGCGACUUCAGUUUGUACAGUUCCAGUUGAAUGUGAGGGACUAAGCAACCAAGCAAGAAUAUUUCUACCUGUGUAUCCAUGUCACCAGGCUACCAGUCAGGCUAAUGUAAUUACGGCACCUUCUGGCGAGUCAACUCAGAUUGCUGGUAAUGCUCUUAAAACUUCAGCAUUUAUUUCUGAUCAAAGGCCUCAGUCCUUAUCAGUGCAGCAACCAACUAUGGAUGCAGAGUUUAUUUCUCAAGAAGGAGAAAAAACCACAGUGAACACUGAAGCAAGUUCUCCUAAGACAGUCAUUCCCACUCAGACCCCCAGCCUUGAACCGACUACAUUUCUGCCCACUACUGUCCUGGAAUCAGAUGGGGAAAGACCUCCAAAAAUGGAGUUUGCAGAUAACCGAAUUAAAACUCUAGAUGAAAAAUUAAGAAACUUGCUCUAUCAGGAGCAUAGCAUAACUAGCGUCUAUCCUGAGAGCCAGAAGGAUAUCCAAAGCAUAGACUCUCCAUUUUCUUCCUGUGCUGAAGAUACACUCUCAUGUCCAGUGCCAGAAGUCAUAGCCAUCAGUCACUGUGGAAUUCAGGACAGUCCUGCACACUCCCCUGAUUUUCAGCAGACAGGCACUAAGAUUCUUUCCAAUGUGGCUGCCAAUCAGCCUGCUAACAUAUCAGUGUUCAAAAGUGACCUGAAUGUGAUAACUUCUGUACCCAGCGAAUUAUGUUUACAUGAGAUGUCCCUAGAUGCUUCACUUCCAGGGGACCCAGAGGCCUAUCCUGCUGCUGUGUCAAGCGGUGGAGCCACUCGUCUGCAGACAGGAGUGGAAACAGAAGAUGUGAGAUCAGCAGUUGCUCCUGAUCCCAUUCCUCUGGCAGGAGAGGCCACGGCUGAUACUAAGACUUUGAGUAGAUGUAAAUCAAUGAGUGGAUCAUUUCAGCGCGGUCGGUUUCAGGUGAUUACAGUUCCUCAGCAGCAGUCAGUGAAAGUGACAUCUAUUGGAAUAGAACACAGGCCAGCCUUCAAUGAAAUGACAAGCCAUUCUAGUGAAGAAGCUCAAGCCUUUACUGAAACAGCAAAGGCUCAGUUGGUAGAAAUGGAACCUGCUGUGCACAAUCCACAAACUUUACUUUCUCCUGAAAACUUACAAGCUCUUCAUGAAACCUUUAAGGAAGAUGAAACAAUUCCUAAGCAAGGUGACAACUACUCAUCUUUCAGCACAGCUUGUGACACUGAUGUAUCUUCUAUAACCCCAGAAAAGGAAUUGGAAGAAAACUCAGCCACAGGAAGUAGCAUGCAGUCUGGAUCUGAACCGUUGCUUAAAGAGAGCGAGAGACUUACUAUUGGGAAACAGCCUAGCUCUGAUAGUGAAUUUUCAGCCACUGUUGCUGGCAGAGGGAACUCAGUGGCAAAGACUCAUCCAGAGAGUGAUCAGUGCUUACCACUCCGUGAAGAAAAAACCUGUGCUCAAACACAGAGCUCACUCUUCUAUUCACCAUCUUCCCCAAUGAGCAGUGAUGAUGAAUCAGAAAUAGAGGAUGAGGACUUAAAGGUGGAACUUCAGAGAUUACGAGAAAAACAUAUUCAGGAGGUGGUAAGUCUUCAAACCCAGCAGAAUAAGGAGCUGCAGGAGCUCUAUGAUCGCCUCCGGGCCAUUAAAGAUAACAAAAUCCAGUCAUCAGAGGUUGCUCUGCCAUCUGCAUCACCACCACGUAGACCAAGAUCUUUCAAAAGCAAACUUCGAAGCCGCCCCCAGUCCUUGACACAUGUGGACAGUGAUGCAACUGUUACAGAGCCACUGUGUGCUGAAAGUAAUACAGCAUCAAGCCAGCAAUCUCCAGCUAGUAAAAAAGGGAUGUUCACAGAUGACUUACACAAACUGGUGGAUGACUGGACAAAGGAAACAGUAGGAAAUUCUCUUAUUAAGCCAAGUUUAAACCAACUUAAACAGAGUCAACACAAAUUAGAGACAGACAACUGGAACAGAAUACAUGAAAAUACUCCAUCUACUCUGGGCUAUACUCCAACAUGGAUUCCUUCUCUGUCCCAAAUCCGUGGAGCUGUCCCAACCUCCUCACCACAAGGACUCUCACUCCCUUCAUUUCCUGGGCCAUUACCAUCAUACGGAAUGCCCCAUGUUUGUCAGUAUAAUGCUGUGGGGGGGCCAGGGUAUCCAGUACAGUGGGUAGGAAUUCCAGGACCACCACAACAGCCUGUAGUAAUUCCUACCCAACCUGGGGGACCGUUCCAGCCGGGAAUGAAUUUGCAGGCGUUUCCAUCUUCAUCAGUGCAGAAUCCAUCCACGAUCCCUCCUGGUCCCAAAUGAAUCAGAGUAGAUGAUGAAUGAAGAAAAGGGGGAUUUUUUCAGAAUUAUUCCCGGGACACCUAAAAUAUUAAACUUUCUUCUUGGGUUCUGUCAUAUUUUCCCUCACUUGAGUUUACUUCCCACUGUAUGUUUUGUUCCAAUGUAGUGUUUGAUAGAGCUCAUCAUUCUGUAGAACUGUGCAGUUUGUACAUAGAACUCUGCGCACGGAAAUGUUUUUCACUUCAGAUCCUAUCCUCUUUGAUACUUGAUUUUUUAAAAAUACUGUUCAGAAUGCUUUAAAUGAGCUCUGCUUGAGCAUUACCAUUUCCAGGACACUUUCCAUGAAUUGCUGAAAAGCCUCCAUUUUUUACUGCUGCUGUCUGCAGCUGGAUGAUACUUUUCUUUAAAAUGUAUAAAAACUGUUUAAAUUGAUAUUCCCCAAAUGUGGACAAAGUGAGAACCUCCAACAGCCGGAGUCUUGUGGGAUUCUUCAUAUGUUUGUCUUAGGUUUACCUUUCACAGAAGGCAGGGUAAUGCUGCAGGAAAUGUUUUGGUAUAUAAAAUUAGAAUAACUUUUGUCAACUAAUAUAGAACAGGAGCCCUUUUUAAUGUGAUUUUCUUCCCGUCGUCACAGCUAUAGGAGUGAAGCCUUGUUUUAGGUGAGGCGGAAAGAAAGGAAAAAACAGAACUGUAACAGUUCCUUGAUUCUGCAGAUAAUGUAGCUGUUUUAGGAUUUCGAUAGUAAUUCAAAGCAGCUAUCUCCUUGUUUCUCAUGUGCGCACUACAUGGUUUUUGAGCAUCUGAGAGGCACUGGCUUGUAUUCUUUCGCAAGGGAUACAUUGCAGGUGACAAUGAGUCUCAUUGGGAGGAUCUUUGUAUUCCUAACAAAGAGGGUUCAAGUUCCACCUCUGUUGACCCAUUCUUCCGAAGUGAAAUUUACUUGACACAGUAGGUUUUGUAGGUUUUAAGACUUACACAUGAAACACUGGCUUUACAGGGUUCUAAAAGAUGUGGGGUAUACACUGUCCUGCAGUGAAAUAGUAGACCCUCAAAGUAUACUAUUUAAUUGCCCUUAGGUUUUUGUUGUUUUUUUGCAUUACCAUUUUUUUAGUUGUUUGAAUUUCUAGUUAGUAUCUAUAGCAUCUUAUUUUUAGAUCUUAGAUGAUUUUGGCAGCCUCUUUAGAAUCUGCAAGAGAUCACUGUCAAGUUGCACUUUACUGGGUUUUAUCCAGUUGUAGGAGGAGGGGAGGCAAUGUCAAAAUAUACACUUUUGGUUUUCAAGAAAGUUAACUGCAAUCAUCUUAAAAGGCCGGUCACUGAGUUACCUAAUGCUCAGUCUGUGAAACCCAAGUAGAAUUCUUAAAUGGUAUUUAUUGACCACCACAUAUGCAUGUUUAAAAUACUUACUUUUCACUCUGAUGACUUCAAGGUGGUUUCUAGUACACAUUUACCUUAAGAAUAAGUUCUGUUUACUGGUAGACAUUCCAAAUUAUCACCCAAUAUUUCUGUUAACAGAUUUUCUUCCAUAUUCCACUAAAAAUUUUACCCAUGAGCUUGCCUGGUAAUGGGUGUACUUUAUUUUUUUGCACAGUUUACUUUGUGACAUUCAGUACCCUUUUUGUAAAAAAAAAAAAAAAAAAAAAAAGUGUCUUAUACUGCUUACCUGAGGAUCACACCAUCAUGAAGAUUCUGUCACUAUCAUUUGGGGCAUGUAAGGCAGCAUUUUGAGAAUUGCUGCUGGUAAGAGCCAGUUUCUUUUCAUAUAACACUCUAGUUUGGAUGAGUCUUCUUAAAUCCUAUGUUCAGAUUCUUCAAAUUUCUUCUACAGUAUAGGUUUGCAAGUUGAAGUGAUUUUAGGACAUUAGUGUAAUGCAAAUACUGGCAUUGCAGUGUUUACCAUGUAUACAAAAACAAUGUGCCUAAGAUUUGUAAUUCUUUAAAACUGCUUGUGUUUCAUUAUAAGAGUUGGCUUUGUGUGAUUACAUUGAGACUUAUAACCUAGAAAGUGAAAAUACUGCAAGUUUUAAGAUCCCUUCUUCUCUAGUAACAAUCCUUUUUUUUUUUUUUUUACUUUUUUAAAAUUGAUUUUA